UGGCUGCCAGCGGAAGUCCCGCCCCCUCGUGUCUCCCGCCGACAGGCGGCGGGAAGCAGGGUCCUGGGUCGCGGAUUGGCUGAGGCGCGCGUCAGUCAAAGGCAGGCGGCGGUCCUCACAGCGUGGGCGCCCCGCACCCUCUCAGCGAGGGCGCCUGAUUUGGUGGUCGGCUGGCACGCUAACCCACUUCGCGCUCCUGCCACCGACUCAAGGAGCGCUCUGGAGCCCGUGCUGAACCGCCAGUGGUGAGGGCGAGAAGAGGCAGGCGCCCGAGGCCUAAAGGCCGGACCCGGGCCCUGCGACGGGUGGUCGUUGCCGCUUACCCUCGUGGGCACCUGGCGGCAGCGCCCCCUGGCGGCCGGGCGGCUCCGCCCACGUGUGUGAGGUGGGGGUGCUCGCCGGGCGCACACCAUGAGCUUGGCGGAGUGUCGGAGCGGCGGCGCUCUGCAGGUGAAGUUCGUGCCCGACGAAGACGUCCUGAGGCACAUCGCUGACGACGCAGGUGUUAAAGUUCAGAAAGGCAAAAACCAGCUGAUAGUCGAUACGAAGAGAUUUGUAAAGAAGCUUGAGGCUGUCUCAGAUGAUAAAGCUCAGGAAAUCCUGGAGGAGAAGAACUAUGUUGCUGUUUUAGGCGUAUGUGGCGAAGAAUCAAUGACAAAUGGCUCAAGUGUAGGUGGUGGUGAAGUUUACACAUUCCAGACUCCCAAACGCUCCAACAAAAUGGCAGAGCUGGCCUCUGAAUUAGCACAGACACCGGGACAGAGUGUUGUACCUGAUCCCUCUGAGUGCCCUGAGAAAACAGCCAGAACCCCUCAAAGCAGCAAACGUUCAAGUUCAAACAAAGUUCAGCAGAAGACCAAGAAGAACGAAUUUGUGUCUACCACACCUUAUAGGCUCCGAAGGAGACUAGCAGCUCCAGAUGCUCAGUUGGAAAGCGAGAGUGAAUAUUCUGCUUCCUGCUCAGAAGAGGAGGAGGUAGAAGAAGCCCAGAAAGAAGUCAGUGCUGUUUUAUCACAUCAGAAGACCCCAACAAAAACUAAGGCCGUAUCUACGCCUCCUUCUAGAAAAACCCUAACCAAAAAAAAAGACAACAUGAACAACCUCGUAGAGGAAUACUUUGAAGCUCACAGUAGUUCCAAAGUGCUCACUUCGGACCGAACGCUGCAGAAGUUACGGAGAAAAAGAUUGAAUCAGCAAACAUUGCAUGACCUUCUGCAAAAAUCUCCCCUUGCCUAUGCUGCUGAAAUUAAAGAGUUAAACCAGCAAUAUGAGUCCCAGUUUUCAAAGUGGAUGCUGCAAUUACACUUAGGUUUUAAUAUCGUGCUUUAUGGACUUGGCUCGAAGCAUGAUUUGUUAGAGAAGUUUCGUACAUCUAUGCUCCAGGAUUCUGUUCACCUUGUGGUUAAUGGAUACUUCCCCAGCAUCACUGUGAAAUCUGUUCUCAACUCUAUCACAGAGGAAGUAUUGGACCAUAUAGGAACUUUCCGCAGCCCGCUCGAUCAACUUGAAUUCAUCAUGAAAAGAUUUAAAGAAGAUUCAUCUUUAGAGCUCUAUGUCCUCAUUCAUAACCUGGACAGCCAGAUGUUGAGAGGAGAAAGAAGUCAGCAGAUCCUUGCACAGUUAUCCUCUCUGCCUAGCAUUUACCUCAUUGCUUCUAUCGAUCACAUCAAUGCUCCUCUCAUGUGGGAUCAGGCAAAGCAAAGCCUCUACAAUUGGCUUUGGUAUGAGACGACCACAUUUAGUCCUUAUGUAGAAGAAACAUCUUAUGAAAACUCAUUGUUAGUACAGCAAUCUGGAUCUUUGGCUUUGAGCUCCUUAACACAUGUCUUGCACAGCCUCACUCCCAAUGCCAGGGGAAUAUUCAGACUGCUUGCUCAGUACCAGCUGGAGAACAAGGACAACGCAUCUUACCCAGGCCUCUCUUUCCAAGACUUCUACCAGCAGUGUCGAGAGGCCUUCCUUGUAAACAGUGACCUAACGCUGAGGGCACAGCUGACAGAAUUCAGGGACCACAAGCUCAUUCGGACCAAGCGGGGAGCUGAUGGUGUGGAGUACUUAUUAAUACCUGUAGAUGACAGUACCUUGACCGACUUCUUAGAGAAAGAGGAUGAAGAUGUAUAACGUCUGUUCCCAAAACAACUACGGCAAUUGCUCUCAAGGGCUGAUGGAGAGGGGCCUAUACUCAGGUCUUUCUCUUCAGCCUCAAAGCUGCUGGACUACUUACUGAAAUGUAUUAGCUGUAAUGAACAGCGUUUCUUGUUCAUCUGCUUCAGGUAGUUUGGAAUGAUAACUUCUUCAAGCAAGCUGUCUCUUGCUUUGAAGUUAAAUUUAUCUGCUUUGUCUCUUAGCUCAGAUGAUGCUCUCUUCAUAUCUACAUAGCCAACUAUCAAGUCAGGAAAACUAACUCAUUGAGAUUGUGCCUUCUGCUCUUUACCAGAAAAAGGUUUGGUUGGAGCAGUUCAUGUGAUGUGCAAACCACUAGAUGGUCAGAGCUUUAGUUUGUACCACUGAUGGAUUUUUUUUUUCCCCUCAACUGAGUGUUUUCUGGCACUCCUUUACCAUCUAGACAAGAUUGGCUUCCAACAUAUGAACAAGCCAAGAUUUAUAAUGCUAAGAGACCUAUAUUGACUGCACAAGGAAUAUGAGCAAGCUUGGGAUACUGUGGGUAACUUAUUAAAUUCUGACAGUGGAACUGAAAGACUUUUCUCCAAGAUAGAAUUCUUUUAUGGGAGGAUUUAGGUAACAACUUGAGUCCAUCACAAUUUUUUAUUACCUCUUGAUGAGGGUGAGAUGUUCCAGCUUCUUUCAUCUACUUUCCUGUUUAUAAUCAGGAAAUAUGAAGAGGCUGUGAAGUUUAGUUUACUUAAAAAAAAUAAUAAUAAUAAUACAAAAAUCAAUUGUUUAUAUGUAUUUUUUUACAUUGAUUGUGGAGGAGGCCUUAAAUGCCACUUAGCAAGCUCUCCCUUUUUGUAGCCCUCAGAGGUUGGGAGAGUGCUGAAGUUUCACAGGUUUUCUUCGCUUUGUUUCUCAGGUAUGUGAGAGUAAGCCCUAGUUUCAUCAACUGUAGUCUGCUAAUCAGACUUCAGGGAUUCCGAUGUCUAACUUGGUAGCUGUGUUACAGCUUGAUGUUGUAAUAGUUCAAAUCAAUCAAAUAAAGUUCUUCAUUAAUUUUCAUUA